AACUUCACUUCUCCCUCAAUCCCCCUCUCUUUUCUCACUGCCGUUGCCGUUGCCAGCGGCGCUAGGUUCUCCCUCAUCUUUAAUUUCCUAUAGUUUUUGCUCCUAAAACCCCAAAACUCCUCCCUUUCCUAAAAAUCUGAUCAUCAAUUUAAAAGCAUUAGAAUUAUGAAAAUCUGAUUCCUCAAGCUGGCAUGGCUUCGGUUAGGAGUUUUACGUGAUCAUACUACAUUGACUAUCCCAUUCUGACCCUUGCUUUAAUUUCUCUCUCAGUCUCAGUGCGUUCCGGUGAACCGACAAAGCCAAUGGGGAAAGAAAAAGAGAAAGAAAAUCCUUCACAGAAAGCCCUAAAUCUCCUUCGAACUCGACUCUCUAACCCUAAUUUCGUCUUCAAACCCCUCUCCGAUUCUCCUGACAGCAACUACAGCAAGUUAAAGUUUAUAAUAUCGAGUUCAGUCACUGAAGCAUGCAACAAUUCGAUUCUGCUUCUUGGUCCUCGUGGUUCGGGGAAAGCCGCGGUUUUGGAACUUGUUCUCAGCGAUCUUUUACAACAAUAUCCUGAAGCAAUAUCUGUGAUAAGAUUGAAUGGCCUUUUGCAUAGUGAUGACAAUUGUGCACUAAAGGAAAUUGCUCGACAGUUAUGCAAGGAGCAUCAACUUUUGUUCUCAAAAGUGGCAUCAUUUGAUGAUAACUCCCAGUUCUUAAUAGCAAUGUUAAGGGAAUGUGGAUUGGCACAUAAAACAAUUAUUUUUAUGCUUGAUGAGUUUGAUCUGUUUACUCAGGGAAAACAAAGAUUACUUUAUAGCUUGCUAGAUGCAAUGCAGUCCGUGACAUCACAAGCUGUUGUCAUUGGUGUGAGCUGUCGACUGGAUGUUGACCAGCUUCUUGAAAAAAGAGUGAGAUCUCGUUUUUCACACAGAAAGCUGCUGUUUCUUCCUCCAUCUAAAGAAGACACAGAAAGAUUCUUGGAGCACAUUUUAUCAUUGCCUGAGGAUUCAAGCCUUCCCCACAGCUACACUGCUGAAUUUAAUGGAAGGCUUAAAAAUGUUUUAGCAGAUGAGAGAUUCAAAGAACUAAUUAAUACCUAUUUGAGUUUCAAUUCCACAAUUGGUCAAUUGGUGAGGUUUCUAUUUCAAGCUGUUUCUUAUAUGGAUCUGGAUGUUGGAUUCCUUUCACUUGAGAAUUUCAAAACUGCACUUUCCAGCACUCAGCGGCAGCCAAAGUCAGAAUGUAUAAAAGAUUGCUCCAUAUUGGAACUCUAUCUGUUAGUAUGCAUGAAAAGGUUGGAAGUGAAGGAGCAGAACUCGUAUAACUUCAAUUCAGUUAUGACAGAAUACAAGAGCAUGCAUGAGUUCCAGACAUCUGACAAUUACGCAGGAAAUGUUUGUCUAAGGGCAUUUGAACACCUUCUACAACGUGAAUUAAUUAGUUUUACAGACAAUAGAGGACAUAAUCAAUCUGUUGAAUUUCGCCCUGUAAAGCUUCUAAUUUCACCGGCUGAACUGCAUCAGGGGCUGAAGUCAUAUCGUUCAUGUCCUGCCAUCCUCCUUAAAUUAAUUGCGCGGUAAAACUUGAAAGUAACAUGGUUGAGGGGAAAUAUUGGCUGCCUAUUAACUGCCCCAGGUGUACGGUCAAAAGAAAUAUGGAAUCUCCCCUCUGCCGCAUUUUGAUGGGUCAAUUCCACCAUUUCUUCUUAGAUAUAAAAGAAAUACUUUUCUACUGGCCAAGAUGAACUUCAUGUGUGAAGGAUGUCACACUUUUGAAAUCUUUCCUUUCUCUUCUAUUGCAAUCCAAUGUUAAUUAUUACGACUGCAUCUAGAUUAAUAACAUCAAAUUGUUUGUCCUCCA